ACGAUCACCAAGCAUGCCUUUACACUCACUCAGUCCACAACACAGAGGGUGGGAGGACCACCCGACCAACCUCGCUUGAACCCCAUAUAGAUUUUUCCUCAUUUUGACUCGACUUCCUUUUUGCAGAAAAGCCACUCAAGGGGUGGUCUUGAAUUUCGCAGGGCGACCUCGUGGAAGAAAAAGCGAAACAUCGGCUCCAAGCUCGGCCGCGCACAUCCACCCGCUUGAUUUUCUUCUGCUUAUGCGCGUGCAAGGAUGACGCUGCUGGUGCGCCCUUGGAAUAAACGCUGGCUCCUGCUGCUCCUCUUCGCCACGGCCGCGAGAUGCCAAGCGCCGGAAGGUCGCCCCAAGCCCAAUGACAUCAGGCCGGUUCUCGCGGGUGCCGCGGCUGCCGAAGAUGGAGCGCCCGCGACCGCCGUCAACCGCUCAGCUGCCGCGCACGCAGGCAGCGUCAAGAAGUUCAACAUCUUUGCGCAGCAGGUGUAUCCGUGCAGCAAUGACAAGGAGUGCAGUGUCGGAAGUUACUGCCACAGCCCCCAGCAGGCGCCCUCGCGCUGCCUCGCUUGCCGCAGGAGGAAGAAGCGCUGCCACCGGGAUGCCAUGUGUUGCCCCGGCAACCGCUGCCACAACUAUAUUUGCACGGCGAUCUCUGAGAGCGUGAUCUCACCUCACAUCUCCGCCUUGGACGAACACUACAAGCUCUCUGCCAAAGACCACAGUUGGAGAAAAAGCGCCAGGAAAACUCAAGCCAAGCAUUCUCUUAAAGGUCACGAGGGCGACCCGUGCUUGCGUACGUCCGACUGCUCUGAGGGCUACUGCUGCGCCCGCCACUUCUGGACCAAAAUCUGCAAGCCGGUGCUGCGACUGGGUGAGGUGUGCAGCAAGCAGAGGAAAAAAGGCUCGCACAGCCUGGAGAUCUUUCAGCGCUGCGACUGCGCCAAAGGCCUCUCGUGUAAGGUGUGGAAAGAUGCCACCUCGUCGUCCAAGUCCAGACUACACAUGUGCCAGAAGAUUUGAAGGAGGAGGAGACGGCGGAUGCGACGCCGUCAAGCGGGCAAUCCGAUCAGCCUGGGGAACGUAGUGUUUUGGGGUUUUUUUUCGUAGAGGGAUGGAGUAAAAGGACACCACUGCGUGGGUGUUAUUUUGCGUUGAUGCCAUUCAGGGAUGGAGGGACUCCAGGUGGAGACAUUCACGCAGAAGCUGCAUUAUUAUUGUUAAUAUGAACCGCCCAGCGCAUUCCUUAACACGCUGCAAAGUCCAUUUGCUUCGAAAGUCCUCCUGGUAUUACCACGCGAGAGCUUUUCCAAUGAUGACAAAUAUGUAAAAGCCGUAUGCCCGUCGCUAAGGGUUAGCAACUGCAAACUGCUUUUAGCCCAACGGAAUAGCAAUGAUGUCAUGUAGGCAACAUAUGAAAAAGUCUUCUUCUCCCCGUUUAUACUCGUCUUUUCUUCCUCUUUUCCUCCAUCUUCUAUGAUUUCAAUCUUCAUCCUUCUCCAUUUGUGUGCCAUUGUGGAAAACCGGACGACAGAUUGUCACUCUUACCUCAACGCAGAUGCUAAAUACAAUAGUUAGAAUAAUAAAUGGGGAGCACAUUUCCUGUCGAGUUAGGUCUGACAGCUGGUUUUAACAAAUUUUGGGGCGCGGAAUCCAAAACUGAUCGCAGUUUUUCUUUAUCACGUCAAUUUCUUUUUUGGCAAUAGAUCACCGUUUUCUUUAAAAAGUGUAUGAAAUCACUCUGGAUGUAUGUAAAUAAAACCCAAAGAUGAAAUAGAUUUUACAGAUCUGUGCUAUGCGGACAACCACAAUUCCAGCGUUUGGCCAACACGACAACAGUACGAACCGUGAUCAGGGUUUAUCCGUUUCAACUAUAAACCUUGGCAUGACUAAAUUAAACACACAUGCUAACGUUAGCCUACCCUGUUGCUAUGCCUUAGCUUUGGACACUGCGGUAUUCCAUACCGCAGUCUCCACUCCACUACAGAGCUCUCAUUUCCCUGCCACCCUCAGUCUCCUCUCAGAUGUAUUCCAAGAAGUAAACACAGGAAUGACAACAAAUAAAAAACACAUGCUAAUGUUAGCGUAACUCCUUAGCUUUGGAACCAGAAGAAUUAAAACCACUUACUGCUGUCUCCUACUCCGCCGCAGUUUCUGCUCCACUAUUUCCUUGCCCCCCACGGUUAAUGUUCGUCGAGACAAGCUGUGAUGAUACUGUCCUAGCCACCCAGUGUGUGCAUGGUGUCUGUGGAUUACUAUUAGAUGCUACCAUACGCUGACCAUCAUCUUUGUCCUCCAUUUAUUUCCGCGCAACAACAGCAAAUAUAUUUUUGAAGGACUUCUCAAAUGUGGAGACGCCACCCAAAAAAAAGUCAUCUAUUUGCCUCGAGCAUUCCAUCUACUGUUUGACUUCAAUUGUAAAUGUUCAUGUAAUCUGACUGGGGUGUCUACUUCUCCAGUUUUGCUUUUCUGCUUCUUGAAGAUAUACGACGGAUAAUGUUUUUUAGCAAGCGGGGGUCAAACGAUGCCGCAUCAUUGAUCAGAAUGACUGCAAAAGUGCGUGUCACUGUAUCAGCCGUGUCUAGUUUUGAAAGCAGUUGUGCCCGUAUUAUGUCAUCGCCCAUAGUAACCAUUUCAAAAUACAGAUAGGAUCUUAUAUUGUAAAUAGAACGGAGGUGACAAUGACAUAUUUAAGAAACAGUGUAUAUCAUGUACAUAUAAUGAGAUUUAAUGCCUAAAUAGUGCAGCCAGAUAAUCUAGGUGAGCAGAGUGAAGGGACCAAAUGUUUGGUGCCAUACAGUAGUGGACAUCCUUGACCGAAUAUGCAUCAGAAAGUUACUGCGACACAAGUACAUUGUGUAAAUGGUAUGUAUAUGAUGUUAAGAUUUAUAUCCAGCGAAAUAUUGGUUUUUAUGUGAAUAAUUGCCAUUGAUUUGUUUUGCAUAUUUACAACGAUGAACAAAUUAAAGAAUGUAUUUUGUAUUAA